ACUCAGUUUUGGAAAACCUUUCAAGCGUUUUUCAAAAUGGAUUUUUAUUUGCACAACAAUCUGCUCGAUGACUUUUCCCUCUAUUUGAGCGAACCAAUUUUGUUUUAAUUACAAUCAUUUCUUUUCUUGAUUUGCCAUCAGCUAAAUUUGAAGCAAGAUAAAAUUUGAAUUGAUUUCAUCUAAUCUCUUCUGUAAUUUAACUAAUGCUUAACUGCAAUUCACCUUCAGUUGAGGUGGUUAAAAUCCUUUGAAAUCGGAUCAUAGUAAUCCCUCAACAUCAACGAUGACUGAAAAUCUUACUGCCGCAUCGAAUAUAUCGGAGUUCGACUUGGACCCUGAGUCGGGUACUUUUAUUUUCGCAGACAUCUUUUCACCAAUUUUAAUCAUUAUUUUCUGUGCUAUUGGAAUCUUCGGAAACUACCAAGUUAUUCAUUUCUACCGAAACAAAACUAACAAAACACCCAGCGAGUAUAUAAUUAUGAAUUUAGCUUCUGUAGAUUUGGUUUACUGCGUUUUGAGUUUGACCUUUGACCUUUCGUUGAGAAUUGUUCGUCCCGACUGGGAAAAGCUGGCGGAAAAAGCGAUGAUAGUGAAUGCGGCUAUAUGGGCCAUCCCCCCUUCUGUGUUUACAUUCAUAACUACCUACUCAUUUGUGUGUAUUUUUGUAAUCACUAUCAAUCGAUACUUUGCCGUGUGCCACUCCCAAGCAUAUAGGACGAUGUUCACGUAUGUGAAGACUAUAGCAGUUCUGGUCGGUUCCUUCACAUUGGCCCUCUGUUUCGGCCUACUGGACUUUGCCCUCAUUUUCCUCAUAGAGUACUGCAGACCCCAGAAGGACACACACAUCCUCUGGAUCAGUCUGAACAAAAUCGAACUGGCUCACAACUCCGUUUGGUUCAUCAUAAGGUGUUCGAUGUUGGCGAUUGACAGUGUGCUGAUGGUGGUUGUCUACUUUCUGAUCCUGACCAGAAUCAGACAGCUCAAAAUGACUCUAAGACGGCACUCGAUGCCUUCUUCCUGCGGGGACAUAGAGCGCAGCUUCGUCAUUCAAGGAAACGAAAGUUGCCGAAAUGGAUCUCCGAACCCCAAGAGCCGAGCGUCUCCGGCAACGGGUCGAAGCUUCCGACAGCAAAAUUUCGAAAUGACCGAUUCGCGAAAUAACAAUAACGCUGGGUCGAGGACCAAAAAAAUCAGUGCUGGGUCUAUGCGGACGUAUUUGAGUCCGGCUUUCACCCCAAUGUCAAGCCCCGCAUUGCUAUAUUACACUGAUUUAACUCCCCCAGCUUAUUUGUAUCCGACAGCAACAACUCCACUCACGGAACGACAAAGUCCGCGAACACAUCUUGCGGACAGUCCCGACAACGUCUCAAUUUCGUCCAGGGAACACGACUCUUCGAAAGAACAGAAUAGGCGCCCUCGCAUUCGUCGUAUCUCGGCGAGUCCUCAGUCACCGCGCAAAAAUCCAUCCACUUUAAACAAAAAUCCGAGUGCUGACGAUUUAGAUUUUCUUAAGGUGGCGGGUGAAAAACCAGAAAAAACCAAGUCGGCAACAGCUCUGGAGACAAAUGACAAAAAUGUUUCCGUCAUAGCCGAAAAGACUAUCAAACCGCUAGCUGAAACCAAAUUUCCAGUCCUAAAUCGAAUUGGAACUCCAACAAACAGUUCACAAGAAAUUCACAGUUUUGUGUUCGGUGAUAAACCAAAGGCCUUCAAAGAAAUCCCGGAAAACUCUUUGAGGGUAAACGCCGAGAGGGAAAAAUCUGCGCCCCGAGUAUCGCACGGGACGCUCGUGCCGGAGAGAAACUCGGCGGGAGUUUUGAACAAAAAUGAACCGAAAGCCGCAAUUGGAAAAAACAGACCAAGGAAAAGAAUGGGCGGGGCUACAACUGCACUUCUCAUAGUCAGCAUCGGAUUCAUCGUCUUCGUCACGCCCAACAUAAUCUUCAACGGAAUCGAAAUCUUCAGGGGAAAGUUCGACCCCGAAGUGCGCUUCGAUUUCCACGCAUUCUCAAUGAACAUAUACAACUGCAAUUUCAUCAUCAACUACUUCGUCUACGCGUUUUUCAACCGCCAGUUUAAUAUCAACCAGAAGAUGUUCUGGAGAAGCCGACAGCGAUGGUGUCAGAGGAAAUGGGACCAGGUUCGAAACUGGAUCUGGCCGCCAAAGGUGACUUUGGUCCAAGCGAAGGGCAGCCAGCAAACAGUUUCUACAAAUGCUGUUGUUUAGUUCUAGAUAAAUGUUAUAUAUAAUAUAGAUCAGAUGUAGUUUGAUAUAAAUGUUUUUCGACAUAAAUCCGAAGUAG